AUGGGGUACAUGUCAGUUUUCCGUGCCAUAAUGGUACGUCUGAUGUUCACAUCACAUGGCGUCAUCUCAAUAUGGCGCCUCACCAUAGCAACGCACGAGCCGUGCUACUGGUACGUGGCCCUUGUGUUGUGUUUGCUCUUGGUCGAAAUGACCGUGACCUUGGGAAAAAAGGCGGGAAAGGAGUGGAAGUGGUAAGUCUCUUCAAGUUUGUGAACGACCAAUAAUUAUUUGAGCAUGAUUUAGCUGUUUACCAUGGAAUUUUAGCAUUGUGUGUGUGUGUGUGUGUGUGUGUGUGUGUGUGCGUGUGUGUGUGUGUUUGUGCGUGUGUGUGGCCAGCUUAAAAACAGUAACAACACGAGGUUGUAUCUUUGGCAAUCGGAAGAGUACUGUAAAGCCUGUAAAUAGCGUACAUUAAAAUAGCGCAGUCCCUGACAAAGCCGCUAAGUGACAGCUGUCACAGAUCGACUUUUAAACAAAUCCAUCCGGUCAUCCCUGUGUUCCUGCAGCCCAUGUAAGGCUUUGACCUGCCUCAUCACUUCCUUCCUCACAGAACUUACUAAUGCUUUUCUUUUCCAUGCUUGGUUUCCCAGAUGCUUUAGAUCUUUUUCCACUCUUAAGCUCCUGAAGUCGUGUACUAGAAAAAUUGAUUUGAAAUAAGUGUCUCGAAAAAGCGUACUGGAAAUAGUGUACUAGAACUAGUGUUCCUGAAAAUAGCUAAAAAUCCUUGCAAAUGUUCUAUGGGCAAGUGUUUCUUAUGGGCAAGUGUUUCUUAUGGGCAAGUGUUUCUUGGGGGCAAAAAUCGUUGUUUUUUUUCCCCCUGAGAAUAACACAUGCCAUUUCGCACUGGCACCUAAUUACGUCAUCCACAAAGAGUGACGUAGACAUUUUGUCGCACCUAUCAGUCGGCCUACGUGCUGCGUGGUUGAUGGAAUCAUGAUGAAACAACGUUAAGUUCGCUGAUUGGCAGAGAUUUGCUCCGUGACUACAGGUUAUCAAAGAUUUGCUCCGUGACUACAGUUUAUCAAAGAUUUGCUCCGUGACUACAGGUUAUCAAAGAUUUGCUCCGUGACUACAGGUUAUCAAAGAUUUGCUUCGUGACUACAGGUUAUCAAAGAUUUGCUCCGUGACUACAGGUUAUCGAAGAUUUGAUCCGUGACUACAAAUUAUCAGAGAUUUGAUCCGUGUCUAUAUGUUAUCAAAGAUUUGAUCCGUGACUACAGGUUAUCAGAGCUUUACUCCGUCACUACAGGUUAUCAAAGAUUUGCUCCGUCACUACAGGUUUUUUAAAGAACCGUUGGGUGUUGGGUGAAAAUUACGCCAAAGCACUCUGGAGUAGUGAAGUAGUGAAAUAUUGAAGUGUGAAAUAGUGAAGCAGUGAAGUAUCGAAUAAUGAUAGUAGUAAAGCAGUGACGACAAGAAGCUAGAAAUGGCGACAAAGCCCAUAUAAAUAUACAGUAUGUAUGGAUGUGCAUAGCAGACAAUGCAAAUACUGUAGUGUACAUGUUGAAGUCAUGAAAUAAUGUACAUGUACAAGUUGAUGUCAUGAAGUGCUUUCAUAAUGUUAAACACAAACAAUUUUGAUUAUGUUUAUAUUGUUCUGUUGUUAAGACACAAAUGUAAAAUGUAUAAUAUUUCUAAAUUUGAUUUUUUUAUUAAAUUUUAAUUUUGCAUACUUUUUCUGAUUUCUGAUUUCAAAUUAAUGUGCAAAAUCCUCAUUCAACCCCUAAAAUGUAAAGGCACCAUCCUUGCAAAAACAGCACAACAUAUGGUUUCCUCAAAUGGGUUUUUUGCUGUUCAUAGAUUUCACAUUGGAUAACCAGAAAAGUUUAUGAGCAAUAUUGAGUGCUGGAGAUUGAAUGAUGAGAGAUGCAUCCAUUUGUUGGUAAAGAUGUCGAUACACAAUUUCUAUGCUGAGAAGAUUGCCUCCAUCUGUGUGGGAAUAAAUUAGUUUUGGAAGCUACACAUAUUGAUUUAACCAUGACCCUAUUGACCUAAACUUACCUGGAAUAACCUAACCCUACCCUAAAUGUUACAAAAAUCAUGUAAGUUUCUUCAGUGAAAAAAACCUUACUUUUGAAUAUUAAAAAUUAUUAAUAUGCUACAUGAGAGGGCAUAAGAAUUGUAGAAAGGCGUAGGUAGGGCAUGGCGCAAACAAUGUUGGCAAACACUGAUCUCAUCCUAGGUCUGCCUUUGAACCGUUUUCCUCUUGGGUUUUGGUGAUGCGCCCUCUUCACUCCUUUGUCAUUUGGCAUUCUCUCUGAGUGUUCUGCCCAGCGUAGCUUAACCUUUUUUAUUUCUGCUACUACCGUGGGAUUCUGAUUUAGACUUUACAAUUCAUGGUUGGUUCGUAUUCUCCAACCAUAUUCAUCCUUUGUUGGUCUAUAUUAAUAUUUUCCUGAGAACUUUUCUCUACCAUGUGUUUAUUAGGUUUCUGCAGUUUUUGUUAGGGUCCAAGUUUCACUUUUAUAUGUUACACCUGGUCUGAUUACAGUUUUAUAAAUAGUUUUCUUUGUUUCUCUCGUAAUAUUCUUACAUUUGAGUAUUUUCUGACUACUGAAGUAUGCCCGGUUUCCGGCUGUUUUUCUUUCUUUUAUUUAUGUUAAUAAUUCGUUUCUUUCAUUUAAUAAAGAUCCUAGGUAUUUGAAUUCAUUUACUUUUUCAAAAGUCUGGUUUCUAAUUUAAAUGUCUUCAUCUGUCUCUAAUUCUAUUAUCAUGGUCAUGUAUUUUGUUUUUUGGUUGCUGCUUGUAGUGACGCGUCUUCUAAUUCAAUAAAGGAUUUUGAUAUGUCUCUAAUACGUUUCCACAGCAGUGUUAUGUCAUUAGCAUAUGCUAGAUACUGAAGGGGUUGAUUGUAGAGAGUGCCCAUUGUUUGUGGGUCUUGGGUUUCCCUCAGAAAGUAUCCUGCUUUUGUUCCUCGGGUGUCAAUAUGUAUCCUUUCUAUAAAUCUCUCUAAUUAAUACAAGACAUUAAGUCUCCCUGUCUUAUGACUCGUAUAAUUGAAAUUCCUUGAACAUUAUCCUUGAAUCUUGAUUUUGCUUUUUGAUAUGUUCAAUAUUACAUGUAUCAGUCUUGUCAGUUUGUUGGGUAUGCCAAACUCCUGCAGAGUCUCAUAUAAAUAUUUUCUUAUGAUGCUGUCAUAGGCCAAGUUAUAGACCACAUAGAAUUGAUGUACUGGGAUAUUAUAUUCAUAAAAUUUCUCUAAUAGGCAUCUGAUGGUGAAAAUCUGAUCAGUCGUUGAUCUGUUUUGCCUGAAUCCACCUUUGUAAUCAUCUAGUUUUUCUUCAGUGUAAGGUUGUAGUCUUUUGGCAAUAAGUUUCGUCAGUAUUUUGUAAGAAACAUUUAAUAGGGAGAUUCCUCUGUAGUUGGUGCAUUGAAGUUUGGAGCCUUUCUUGUGUAUUGGGGUUAUUAAUGCUGUUUCCAAUUCUGUUGGAAUUUUCUCUUCUUGCCAAAUUUUAGUAAUUAGUUGAUGUAUCUGAGGGUGUCGUUCUCUUCCUCCAUAUUUAAUCAGUUCCGCUGUGAUGAGGUCUUCUGUGAUGAGAUCUUCUGUGAUGAGGUCUUCUUUAGGGGCUUUUUGGUUUCUCAUAUAAUUGAUGAAUCCUUUAGUUUUGUGUCUUCUAGAAUUGGGGAGUUUAUAAAAGGGUCUUUUCCUCCAUGUGGUGGUUGGUAAUUUUCAUCAUAGUCAAUGCAGACAAUGCACAAUGUGAAUAUUACAUAUUCACCUAACACAUCCUGUAUUCUCAGAAAUGGGCCGAUGUGUUUGCCCAGUUAGGCCUAUACUCAAAUACUUCCAGAAUCUGCCGCAGUAGAAGAUUCCAAUAUCACAAACUACUGCGGUAACCUACGUCUGGCGGUACAGCAACCCACAUCUGGCGGUACAGCAACCUACAUCUGGCGGUACAGCAACCUACAUCUGGUGUACAGCAACCUACAUCUGGCGGUACAGCAACCUACGUGCUGUGGUACAGAUGCCAUCUUCAAGUCAUUAUUCUGAAGACAGAGAAGAUUGUCUGCUGUUCACAGGGAAGAUUGUCUGCUCUUCACAGAGAAGAUUGUGUGCUGUUCACAGUGGAAGAUUGUCUGCUGUUGACAGCGAAGAUUUCUGCUGCUUGAUAAGUGCAUCCUUUUUUGUUUUUGUGGUUCCGUUGUUUUCCAUGUGGUGCCUCAUGUUCUGGUGCCUCAUGUUCUGGUGCCUCAUGUUCUGGACGGAUCGGCCACUGAAAUAAAAUAUAUGUUCCUUAAGUACAGGGAUUCUUAAACUUUUUUGCAUCACCAUACACCCUCACGAUUUUAAAAUAUUUCUCGCAACCCCCACCCACCACCUAAACUCCCAGAUAAAAAUCCUUUUAAUAUUGAUAAAAAUCAUUUAAUUAAGAUGAUGUUCUUUCUUCCACACUUAACCUUCCAAAAACAAACGAAAAAUAUGCACAAGUGCAAAUGAUGUGCAAACAUAGAUUCACCACACAAACAUCUGCUGCUGCUUAUAAAAUGCAAAUAAACUUGAUCAUUUUAUUUAAAGGCAGCAGUUAGCGAUGGCAGCAAAGGUUAACCCCAGGGUCUUCCCGCACCCACUGGCACUACUUUCCGUUCGCCAGGGGGUACAUGCACCACUUGUUAAGAACCUUUAACCCAGUAGGUGUUAACUACUUGGUGAGCAUUGAGUUACUCAAUAAAGACAGGAACAGCCGUCUGUUAUGUCAGACACUUAGCAGUCAGGCUGAAAGGGAUGGGAAAUUGGGGAAACUUGUGAGUCUUGAGAGUGAAAACGCUCUUUCUGGGUUAAACAAAAGAAGUUAGGUAAACCAUUUUUGUAAUGACAGCAUGAGAGUGGCGGAAAUCUUCCUUUCUUCAUAGUUUAGCAAGAUGAUUAUUUUAUAUGUAAUUAUUAAUCUAUUUAUAAAAACAGAAAUGAAAAUUGACACAUGUCGGUAUGUGACACAUCUAGGAAUAAGAAACAUCUAUGAACGUGAUAUAUCUAGGAAUAUGACCAAUCUUGGGAUAUGACACAUCUAGCAAUAUGACAAAUAUAUAGGUAACUGACACAUCUUGGUAUGUAACACAUCUAAGAAUAUGACAAAUCUAGGAAUAUAACACAACUAGGAAUAAGACACAUCUAGAAAUUUGACACAUAUAGGAAUGAGACUCAUCUAGAUAUCUAACACAUCUUGGUAUGUGAUACAUCUCAGUAUAUGACACAUCUUGGUAUGUGACACCUUUCGGUAUUUGACAAAUUUAGAAAUCUGACAUAUCUAGGAUUAUGACACAAUUAGGUGAGUCCAUUGGCAUAUCUGGAUAUUCUGGUGUGUCUAGAUCAGGUAUUCAUAGAGUAGUGGUGAGUGGAACUCAAUGGUCAGUGGAGCUCAGUGAUCAAUAGAAAUCAGUGAUCAGUGGGGCUUAUUAGUCAGUGGAGCUCAUUGGUCAAUGAAGCUCAGUGGUCAGUGGAACUCAUUUGUCAGUGGACAUGAGUGAUCAUUAGAGUUCAGUAGUCGGGGGAGCUCCGUGAUCAGAGGAACGCAGUGGUCACUGAAGCUAAUUGAUCCCUCGAGCUCAAUGGUCAGUGGAGCGCAAUGGUAAGUGGAACUUAGUGGUCAGUGAAUGUCAGUGAUCAGUGGAGCUCUAAAAGUUCAGGGGCUAAGAGAGUCUGGGCAGUAAAAUUACAAAUAUUUGAAAAAAGCUCUUUCGUCUUCUUUAACUUCAUUUUCUAAAAUGUGUUGUUAUUUACCCUACCAAAUGGUCAAAUGUGAUAACCUACCAAAUGGUCAAAUGUGAUAACCUACCAAAUGGUCAAAUGUGAUACCCUACCAAAUGGUCAAAUGUGAUAACCUACCAAAUGGUCAAAUGUGAUAGCCUACCAGAUGAUCAAAUGUGAUAACCUAACAGAUGGUCAAAUGUGAUACCCUACCAGAUGGCCUAAUCUAAUACCUUACCAGAUGUUGAAAUGUUAUAACCUACCAGAUGGUCUAAUCUGAUACCCUACCAGAUGGUCAAAUGUGAUAACCUACCAGAUGGUCUAAUCUGAUACCCUACCAGAUGGUCAAAUGUGAUAACCUACCAGAUGGUCAAAUAUAAUACCCUACCAGAUGGUCAAAUGUGAUAACCUACCAGAUGGUCUAAUCUGAUAUCCUAAAAGAUGGUCAAAUGUGAUAACCUACCAGAAGGCCUAAUCUAAUACCUUACCAGAUGUUGAAAUGUUAUAACCUACCAGAUGGUCAAAUGUGAUACCCUACCAGAUGGCCUAAUCUAAUACCUUACCAAAUGUUGAAAUGUUAUAACCUACCAGAUGGUAAAAUGUAUUACCCUACCAGAUGGUCAAAUGUGAUAACCUACCAGAUGGUCAAAUGCAAUACCCUACCAGAAGGUCAAAUGCAAUACCCUACCAGAUGGUCUAAUCUGAUACCCUACCAGAUGGUCAAAUGUGAUAACCUACCAGAUGGUCUAAUGUGAUAACCUACCAGAUGAUCAAAUGUGAUAACCUACCAGAUGGUCAAAUGUGAUAACCUACCAGAUGGUCAAAUGUGAUAACCUACCAGAUGAUCAAAUGUGAUAACCUACCAGAUGGUCAAAUGUGAUAACCUACCAGAUGGUCAAAUGUGAUAACCUACCAGAUGGUCAAAUGUGAUAACCUACCAGAUGAUCAAAUGUGAUAACCUACCAGAUGGUCAAAUGUGAUAACCUACCAGAUGGUCAAAUGUGAUAACCUACCAGAUGGUCAAAUGUGAUAACCUACCAGAUGAUCAAAUGUGAUAACCUACCAGAUGGUCAAAUGUGAUAACCUACCAGAUGGUCAAAUGUGAUAACCUACCAGAUGGUCAAAUGUGAUAACCUAACAGAUGGUCAAAUGUGAUACCCUACCAGAUUGUCAAAUGUGAUAACCUACCAAAUGGUCAAAUGUGAUAACCUACCAGAUGGUCAGAUGUGAUAACCUACCAGAUGAUCAAAUGUGAUAACCUACCAGAUGGUCAAAUGUGAUAACCUAUUAGAUGGUCAAAUGUGAUAACCUACCAAAUGGUCAAAUGUGAUAACCUACCAGAUGGUCAAAUGUGAUACCGUACCAGAAGGUCAAAUGUAAUACCCUACCAGAUGGUCAAAUGUGAUAAUUUCUUAAACCAGAUCAACACUAGUGCAGCAUAUAAAAUCCUGACCAUUUGAACUAUGUUAUACCCAUAUGUGUACAUAUUUUGUUCUUGGUCUAGAAUCCUUGAACAAUAUAAUGGGUACACAUUGUAGUUGGAAAUGUAUAACCGUUGUAGAAUGUUUUUGUCUACUGUAGAGGCUGACCUAUCGAAUACCCAGAGGCAAAUUCAUAAAUUAUCAAAUAGUGACUGCAUACAAUCCGUGUGAAAAAUAUUGAGAACGAGAUAGAUCAAAGUUUGAAUAUCAAAAAAAUAAUAAAACGGAAACGUAACAAAGUACCAAUGAAUAAAUAAGAUGUUAACACGCUAUAAAUGAAUACAUAGGAUGUGAGCACACUACACACUACCAAGGAAUACAUUGGAUGUGAGCACACUACACACAACCAAGGAAUACAUAUGAUGUGAACACACUAACAAAGAAUACAUAGGAUGUGAACACAUUAUCAAUAAAUACAUAGGAUGUGAACACACUACACACUACCAAGGAAUAAAUUGGAUGUGAACACACUACACACUACCAAGGAAUACAGAUGAUGUGAACACACUAACAAAGAAUACAUAGGAUGUGAACACAUUAUCAAUAAAUACAUAGGAUGUGAACACACUACACACUACCAAGGAAUAAAUUGGAUGUGAACACACUACACACUACCAAAGAAAACAUAGGAUGUGAACACACUACACACUACCAAGGAAUAUAUAUGAUGUGAACACACUACACACUACCAAGAAAUGCAAAGGAUUUGAACACAAUUCCCACUACCAAGGAAUGAAUAUGAUGUGGAAACAUUGAACACUACCAAUGAAUACAUGUUAUGUGGCAAAGAAUACCCCCAAGAUCCACUUUUAUCCAACCUCAUGUCACGUGGUAAGGUAACCGAAAUUUAAAACAAAAAAGUAAAGGAACAAAAAACCAGACAAUUAUCUUUCAUUACCCUGGCCCCAUUUUUUGGUUUCCACCAAGACCUCCCAGACUCCUCGGCAACAACAGUUUAUCUCACUUCCGCCCAGCUAUUAAUGUCAAUCUGACAUCACCUUCAAAGGACCGAUUAGAUUGCCUGGAAGUGGGAUAGAGACAUAUGAGUUUGGCAGAAAUAUCGCCAGUCUUUGCAGAAACAGUUGAAUAAUGUGAUGGAAUGGGAGUCGCUUAGUCAAUUGUUUUGUCACGUGAUGAGAGUAAAUACGAGUAAGACUUCCGGGAGGCUGUAUGCAACACACUAGUGCUUGACAACAGUAGCCCGUUACACACUGCAACUAGUAAUUCAAGAUGCCUAGCAAAUGUUAGGCUUUUGGCUGUUCAAACAGUAAAGUUAAGGACAUCGGUAUAAGUCUGCAUAAGUUUCCGCUUAAGGAUAAAGAAAAUUUUAGACAAUGCCUUGACAAAGUGGAUCUUCGUUAAUUAUUCACAUGAAAUCUUGUUCCAACCGGUUAUUAAAAUAUUCCUUCGCCGCACAAACAUUGAAUAGACACGCAAAUGACGUCAUGGGUAUGCCGACAUUUCGUCAAAUGAAAAUUAACAAUUAAAUAAACAAAGAGGAAAGACUCCUGCACCAAUAUUGAAUAAACACGCAAAUGACGUCAUGGGCACGGAGCUCAAGUUCCCAUCGAAUAUCGCUCACAAAUUUUUCUUGAAAUAACUUUCUUAGAUGGGAAGUUCGAGCAUUGUUGUCGCAAUUGUUUGGUAGAUGGGAAGUUCGAGCAUGGUUGUCGCCAUGGUUUGGUAGAUGGGAAGUUCGAGCAUGGUUGUCGCCAUUGUUUGGUAGAUGGGAAGUUCGUGUGUGGUUGUCGCAAUUGUUUGGCGGGUUAAAGCUAACUUUAAUUGAAAAAACAAACCUAUGUUGAUUAAUAUGAUUGACUAUAUUGAAACAACAUUGACCGGCUAUUGUCUUUUAAGUUAGUUACCUUAUUUUGAUGAAAUUACCUCUAAGCCCGGGAGUAGCAGCAAAGGUUAAUCCAUGGAAAACUCAGUCCUUGCCUCUGAGCCAUGGAUAAUUAAGCCCUUGCUGUAAUGGAUGGACAACUCAGUCUUUGUCUCUAAGCCAUGGAUAACUUAUUCCUUGCCUCUAAUCCAUGGAUAACCCAGUCCUUGCCUCUAAGCCAUGGAUAACUAAUUCCUUGUCUCUAAUCAAUGGAUAACUCAGCCCUUGCCUUAAGAUCAGCUGAAGACCGUGAUGAACUGAGUAGUUGUUCAAUGACUUGACUUACAUCUUAGCCUCAAGCUGGAGGUAUCAAAUACAAUGAAUGCGUAACGUAAAGGGAGACUACACCAUGAUAUGCAAUUUCCUGAUCAUUUACACCUCCCCCCCCCCGGUUCCGAUACAUAUCACCCCCUUAAUUGUCCCUUUCCUUCAGUACUCCCCCUUGUAACACACACACACUUGUAAUAUCCGGUGCCUAUGAGAACAGGGCCUAGAGGAUCAGCGUAAUAUUGUUCUGGAGCAGACGAACACAAUCACGUGACCCACUACAGGACAGAUCGAAUUGCUCAUUAUCUGGUGUAUAGGACAUUGAACUUGUCACGUGGGGCGUCUUUCUCAACUUCCUCUUACCACUUUCUCUCUCUCUCUCAUACUCUAAACCUUCACCUUUCUGUCAAAAAUAUUCCCUCUCUUUUCCCCCAAAACUGACAAAUAUAUUCCAUUUCUCCCCCCUACAAUCAGUCAACGAUACUCUCUGUCUUUUCCACAGUCUGUCAAAUAUAUUCCCUGUCUUCUCCCCCAAACUGCCAAAUAUAUUCCCUGUCUUUUCCUCCAGUCUUUCAAAUAUAUUCCCUGUCUUUUCCUCCAGUCUUUCAAAUAUAUUCCCUGUCUUUUCCUCCAGUCUUUCAAAUAUAUUCCCUGUCUUUUCCUCCAGUCUUUCAAAUAUAUUCCCUGUCUUUUCCUCCAGUCUUUCAAAUAUAUUCCCUGUCUUUUCCUCCAGUCUUUCAAAUAUAUUCCCUGUCUUUUCCCCCAGUCUUUCAAAUAUAUUCCCUGUCUUUUCCUCCAGUCUUUCAAAUAUAUUCCCUGUCUUUUCCCCCAGUCUUUCAAAUAUAUUCCCUGUCUUUUCCCCCAGUCUUUCAAAUAUAUUCCCUGUCUUUUCCCCCAGUCUUUCAAAUAUAUUCCCUGUCUUUUCCCCCAGUCUUUCAAAUAUAUUCCCUGUCUUUUCCCCCAGUCUUUCAAAUAUAUUCCCUGUCUUUUCCCCCAGUCUUUCAAAUAUAUUCCCUGUCUUUUCCCCCAGUCUUUCAAAUAUAUUCCCUGUCUUUUCCCCCAGUCUUUCAAAUAUAUUCCCUGUCUUUUCCCCCAGUCUUUCAAAUAUAUUCCCUGUCUUUUCCCCCAGUCUUUCAAAUAUAUUCCCUGUCUUUUCCCCCAGUCUUUCAAAUAUAUUCCCUGUCUUUUCCCCCAGUCUUUCAAAUAUAUUCCCUGUCUUUUCCCCCAGUCUUUCAAAUAUAUUCCCUGUCUUUUCCCCCAGUCUUUCAAAUAUAUUCCCUGUCUUUUCCCCCAGUCUUUCAAAUAUAUUCCCUGUCUUUUCCCCCAGUCUUUCAAAUAUAUUCCCUGUCUUUUCCUCCAGUCUUUCAAAUAUAUUCCCUGUCUUUUCCCCCAGUCUUUCAAAUAUAUUCCCUGUCUUUUCCUCCAGUCUUUCAAAUAUAUUCCCUGUCUUUUCCCCCAGUCUUUCAAAUAUAUUCCCUGUCUUUUCCUCCAGUCUUUCAAAUAUAUUCCCUGUCUUUUCCCCCAGUCUUUCAAAUAUAUUCCCUGUCUUUUCCUCCAGUCUUUCAAAUAUAUUCCCUGUCUUUUCCCCCAGUCUUUCAAAUAUAUUCCCUGUCUUUUCCUCCAGUCUUUCAAAUAUAUUCCCUGUCUUUUCCCCCAGUCUUUCAAAUAUAUUCCCUGUCUUUUCCUCCAGUCUUUCAAAUAUAUUCCCUGUCUUUUCCCCCAGUCUUUCAAAUAUAUUCCCUGUCUUUUCCUCCAGUUUGUCAAAUAUAUUCCCUGUCUUUUCCCCCAGUCUUUCAAAUAUAUUCCCUGUCUUUUCCUCCAGUUUGUCAAAUAUAUUCCCUCUCUUUUCCUCCAGUUUGUCAAAUAUAUUCCCUGUCUUUUCCCCCAGUCUUUCAAAUAUAUUCCCUGUCUUUUCCUCCAGUUUGUCAAAUAUAUUCCCUGUCUUUUCCCCCAGUCUUUCAAAUAUAUUCCCUGUCUUUUCCUCCAGUUUGUCAAAUAUAUUCCCUGUCUUUUCCACAAGUCUGUCAAAUUUUGUCCCUGUCUUUUCAACCGGUCUGUCAAAUAUAUAUUCCCUUUCUUUUCCUCCAGUCUGUCAAAAAUAUUCCCUGUAUUUUCCCCAAGUCUGUCAAAUAUAGUCCCUGUCUUUUCCAACAUUCUGUCAAAUAUAUUUCCUGUCUUUUCCCCCAGUCUGUGAAAGUAAAUUCCCUGUCUUUUCCUACAGUAAGUUAAAUAUAUUACCUGUCUUUUCCUUAAGUCUGUAGAAUACAUUCCUUGUCUUUUCCCCCAGUCAGUCAAAUAUAUUCCCUGUCGUUUGUCCCAUUCUGUCAAAUAUAUUUCCUGUCUUUUGUCCCAGUUUGUCAAAUAUAUUCCUUUUCUUUUGUCUCAGUCUGUCAAAUAUAUUCCCUGUGUUUUGUCCCAGUCUGUCAAAUAUAUUUCUUGUCUAUUUCUGCCUUUUUCGUUGUGCCCUCCUUCUUUUCCCCUAACUCUAGCUAUCUCUUAGAUUCUCUAUACAUCUCUUCCCAUCUUUUUUUUGCAUUCCCUCUGCCUCACUAUGGAUCUCUCUAACUCACUAUAUAGAAAGUUUUGCCUCACUAUGGAUCUCUCUUCCUCACUAUUGGAAAGUUUUGCUACACUAUGGAUCUCUCUGUCUCCUUGUGGAUCAUUCUUCCUCACAAUGAACUUCUCUGCUUCUCUAUGGCCCUAUCUGGAUCACUAUGGAUCAUUCAGCCUCGCUACUGAUCGCUCUUUCUCACUAUGGAUCGCUCUUCCUCACUAUGGAUCGCUCUUUCUCACUAUGGAUCGCUCUUUCUCACUAUGGAUCGCUCUUUCUCACUAUGGAUCGCUCUUUCGCACUAUGGAUCGCUCUUUCUCACUAUGGAUCACUAACCAUGUCUCAGUCUACCACCCUUGUCUCUCUUUCGUUCUGUUUCUUUUCUAUUUUGCUAUCUAGCUAUCUCUCUCUCUUUCUCUCUCUCUCUCUCUCUCUCUCUAUAUAUAUAUAUAUAUAUAUAUAGUCUAUAUAUAUAUAUAUAUAUAUAUAUAUAUAUAAUAAAAAUAAUAAUAUUCUCUGUCUCUCUCCCUUCUCUCUGUUUCGUUCUUUUUCUUUUCUUUUUUUCUAUCUAUCUAUCUCUCUCUCUCUCUCUCUCUCUCUCUCUCUCUCUCUAUAUAUAUAUAUAUAUAUAUAUAGGCUAUAUAUAUAUAUAUAUAUAUAUAUAUGUAUAUAUAAUAAUAAUAAUAAUAAAGUUUAUUUGAAAAACACGCUUCAUCCCCAAAAGCUCGAAGCGCGGUACAAAGUCAACCAUAUGAUAAAGAUAUACAUUAACUGAAAAAGAUGGUAGAUAGCAUCACCCUAGAAGGUGUUUGCGAAACAGGUGUGUUUUUAAAUCAAGUUUAAAGGACUCCAGUGUCUGGCUGUUUCUGAGAGCGAUUCAAGGGAGUUCCAAAUUGUUUGGCAGGCAAAUGCAAAAGUGCGCUUUCCGUAAGUCUCAAGGCGAACACACGGUAUCGAUAUUUUGCCACUAUCGGAUGAGCGGAGCUCACUAGUGGGUACAUAAGGCGUCAUGAGUGCUUUGAGAUAAGAUGGCGCCAGGUCAUCUAAGCAGCGGUAGCACAAAGUUGCAAUUUUGUACUCUAUGCGAGCGCGGACCGGCAGCCAGUGCAGCUCCCUCAGAAGUGUUUUAGCAUGGUCGAAUUUCCGUUUGCAAAGAACAAUGCGAACCGCAUUAUUCUGUGCUCUUUGAAUUUUAUCCAGGAGCGCAGCUGGGAGACCCACCAUGAGAGCAUUGCAGUAGUCCAUUGCGUGAUAACACAAAUGCAGACAUCAGCCUCUUUGAUGCUUCGAAUUUUAAAAAAGGUCUGAUAUGACUAAUCCUGCGCAGCUCUAGGAAAAUUGCCUUGCAAAGCAUGUUAAUAUGAGUUUCCAUAGUAAGUGUUCUGUCUAAAUAGACACCCAGGUCUUGCACUGUAUGAGCAAACUCAAUCUGCAUACCUUAGAGAGUAAGUGAUGUUGUGUGUUUUUUACAGAUUUUUGUUUCUGAGCAGUGGCAAUGGAGAUCAGCUCAGUCUUUUCAUCAUUCAAUUUGAGCUUGUUUAUCGUCAUCCAGUGCAUAUAUAUAUAUAUAUAUAUAUAUCCAAGGCACAAACGUAAUACCCAACUUCUGUAAACAUAACCUCUAUUGAUGUGCAGUGUGGAUCACAUAUACUAGUCAUCAGCGGAAACUCAACAGCUUCCGUCAUGGAUGUCUGCGUCACAUUUCACGCAUACGAUGGCAGGACAAGGUGCCUAAACACGAAGGUCUUAGAACGUGAACAAAAUUGUCGCAUAUUCUACGAUCUUAGCAAGAGGCGUCUUUGCUGGUUAGAUCAUUUAAGGAAAAUUGGGGGAUGGCCGAAUUAGCAAAUAAGCUGCUGUAUGGAGCGUUGGCAGAAGGGACACCACUUAUUGGAAGGCCACGCCUGAGAUGUAAGGACGUUUGUAAAAAGAGCAUGAGGCAAGUCAACAUUGAAAUCAAAGAAUGUGGGAUUAUUGUUGAACAACUCUCCAAUACAUAAUGCUACGAUAACUACCACUUCUUUCUUUCCCACAUUAACAGGGAGAAAUGUUACAUUUCUCUUCAAAUUUAUUUAUGAAUAGAUUUUUAAAAAAAAAAGAUUUUUAACCUUUCAAAUUGGGAUUGAAUUGUGCACUACAUUGACCCCUGCAGCCAUAUAAGAAUAAUUAUUCUUAACAAAAUAAAUUGUUUCGUUAACUAACUACUGCAAGAAUUAAGCAGAAAACUUGACCCAGGUUUAUGUUUUUAUCAUUUCAAGAGCUCACGGGAUGUUGUUUUUAAUAUUAUAUUUGCAGUAACAAAAAACCUACAACUUAAUUAUGCUUACCUAUCUCUUGGGUGUUAGUGUGUGGGAACCAACCAUCUUGUGUGUGAGGGUGUGGGAACCAACCAUCUUGUGUGUGAGGGUGUGGGAACCAACCAUCUUGUGUGUGAGGGUGUGGGAACCAACCAUCUUGUGUGUGAGUGUGUGGGAACCAACCAUCUUGUGUGUGAGGGUGUGGGAACCAACCAUCUUGUGUAUCAGUGUGUGGUAACCAAACAUCUUGUAUGUCAGUGUGUGGGAACCUACCAUCUUGUGUUGAGUGUGUGGAAACCAACCAUCUUGUGUGUGAGAUUGUGAGAACAAGCCAUCUUGUGUGGGAGUGUGUGGGAACCAACUAUCUUAUGUGUGAGUGUGUGGGAACAACCAUCUUGUGUGUGAGGGUAUGGGAACCAAACAUCUUGCGUGAUAACCAUCUUAAUUAUAACGUAUUUAAUUAUAUUGGCUGACAUUGAACGCCACUGAAACACAACCAGCAGACGACAAUGUUUUGUUCUGUCAUAAUUGUCUGCCCCCUGUCCAUUCCCGAGUCGUGUCCUUUCAUAGCGACACGGAACCAUUUCCGACCAAUUACCAUUCAACCUGUGUCAAGAAAAUGGCUGCCGCCUGCCAGGGCGAGAUGAGGUCAAUCAUAGUUAUAACGGGACGAGACAACUCUGCUAGACUUGAUGCAGUCAUCAAUUUCCGGUUCCUACCACGUCAUUAGGGCAGAGUUUGUUUUGUCCUAUAUUCAGGAACCUCGCGGUUCUAAAAUGAGAGUCAAGAAAACUAGAUUGUUUUCUUCUCAGAUAUCUUCCCCCAUAUUUCACAUUCUUAAGACAAUUUAAGGAUGAGCUUUGACACAUUAUUUUCAGAAGGUGACAACACCAGGUGACCACACCAGGUGACCACACCAGGUGACCACACCGGGUGACCAUACCAGGCGACCACGUUCGGUGAUCACACCUGGUGACCACACCCGGUGCCACCCCCGGUGACCACCCGGUGAGCACCCCCGGUGACCACACCCGGUGACCACACCCGGUGACCACACCCGGUGACCACACCAAAUGACCACACCAGGUGACCAAGCCCGGAAACCACACCAGGUGACCACACACACACGGUGACCACACCCAGUGACCACACAUGGUGACCACACCCGGUGACCUCACCCGGUGACCACACCAGGUGACCACACACACACGUUGACCACACACACACGGUGACCACAGACGAUGACCACACCGAAGACUUUCACGUCUUUGAUGAUUUAUUGUAAAGUCCGCCCAAAUGUUGGUUUCGGUUUCGGCACCGAAAUUUGUCGCGUGAUCAUUUUCGACGUAUUUUUCGGCCAAAUAAAAAAAAUAACUUUCGGUUGAUUUUGGGUUUCAGCCGAAAAUGAUUAGGUUUUCUGUCUUGUACUAGAAGUCAAACUGUCACUCUGUCAGUCUCUCUUUCUUACUGUACUGACUGUACUGUCAGUAUGUCUGUACUGCCACUAGUUCUUUUUCCGUCACUCUGUCUGUAAUGUCACUCUGUCUGAACUGUCACUCUGUUGACAUUCAAUCCGAUAUUUCUUAUUACUAAUAACGUCGCACUGGAGAUGACGUCGGCGGGUUGUCGAGUGCGAGCUCUUAAUACCCCCCCCGGCACCUAUCCACACGGACCAGUCGACGGGUCUCUCCACCGCCUGACCGUGCGGAAGCUGUUGUCGAGUGCGAGCUCUUAAUACCCCCCCCGGCACCUAUCCACACGGACCAGUCGACGGGUCUCCCCCCCGCCUGACCGUGCGGAAGCAUGUCGGGACCCCCCCCCCCCCCCCCCGGCCUGGCCGGUCGACUGAAGAUGCUGCGUUUAAAGCGUCCGCGGUCCACUCUCCUUGGUCAGAACGGCUGUGCUACCCCUCCGGGGGAAAGGUGUUGCAUUACCUCCCCCCAUUGUCCAGGGAGUUGCCCGGUUGGGACGAAAGCUGGGACUUAAACGGUCGCCUAUUAGCGGCUUUCUCAGGGCCGCGUAGCUAAAAUCAUCGGUAUGGGUUUUAACCGCCACCCAGACCUCAUAUAAAUUAACGGCAACAGGUAAUCAUGUUAAUUCAUUAUUAUUCCACAUCUUGAUAUCAUCGCAUGAUGUAUGACUAAUUCCUUGCGAACAUUGUUCGCAGCUGCAUGAUGACCUACUUGUCCAAUAUUUCAAAAAAUAAAAUUACAAUUAGGCUUAAGCAAAGAUAAAUAGUUUUGUUGGGGUGGGGGAAAAGCUUAGGGAAUGAUAAUAUUUAUACUAUUAUUUUUGUUUUAAUUUUUUUUUAAAUAACAUUUUAGAACCAUAGAUUACCUGAAUUCAUUAUAUGUAACAUUCAUUUUGAUUUAUCAUUAUCGUGCUCUUAAAUAGUGUCAUAGGUAAAGGUAAAUAAAGCAGAGACAACUGUGUGACUGAACUGCAACAUUUGUAUGUUUGACUUCUGCUACAAACCAAUUAAUGCUGAACUAAUUGCCAACUAACAACUGUAACUAGAAGUGUAUGGUCGUCGUGGUUAGUUCUGGAUUAAGGCUAAUUUACUAAUUGUUCAAGUAUUGAUGAUGAUUGUUAAUAAUUCUUGAAUGUUUUCUGACUGUAUUGUUUCAAAGCAAAGUUUGUAAAUCUUUUGGCUUGGUUAGAUUAUAUCUAUUUUCGGUCUGGGUGUCGACCUUAAGUCUCGUUCAGCUUUUGGUUUCAGCUUCGGCCAAAAUUCAUUUUUAACUUUCGGUUUAGUUUCGUUUUUGGCCAAAACCAGAAAAUCACAUUCAAUAGGUCUCUAUUUUAUUUUUUGAGUAUUUUAGACUCAACCGUGUCUUUGCGUCACUAUGCACUUAUCAUAUUUCAGAAAAAUGUGUGAAAUUUCAUUAUAACUAGUAAGCUGCUACAGGCAAGCAUUUAACCAUUCUAAGUCAAAAUCAGAAGGAGUACCUUCUAGUGUUACGCAACCUGCACCCUUACUCAAGGGGUAGUAUCUGGUAUCUCCACAAUGACCCACUUCUCUAUUCAAGGGAUAGUAACUGGUAUCUCACCAUAGACCCACUUCUCUAUUCAAGGGAUAGUAUCUGGUACCUCCCCAACGACCCACUUCUCUAUUCAAUGGAUAAUGUCUGGCAUCUCCACAAUGACCCACUAAUCAAGGGGUAGUGUCUGGCAUCUCCACAUUGAACCACUGAUCUAUUCAAGGGGUAGUGUCUGACAUCUCCAUAGUUACCCACUUCUCUAUUCAAGGGAUAGUAUCUUGUAUCUCCUCAAUGAUCCACUAAUCAAGGGAUAGUGUCUGGCAUCUCCACAAUGACCCACCUCCCAAGGGAGAGUAUAUGGCACUGCAAAAAAUCACACAAUAUUUAAAGAUAUAAUCUGUCAUCUCUACAAUGACCCACGACUAUAGAAGUAAUAUUAUCUGACAUCACCAGAAAGAGCUACUACUCUAGUCAAAGGAUAGUACCUGGCACCUCCACAAUGACCCACUACUCAAGUGAUAACAUCUGGUAUCUCCACAACGAUAAACGCAGCGGACAACAAACGUGUUGGCAGGAAGCCUUCGUCAGCGAACAAACAACAGUAAAAACAGAAUUAAAUAAAAAUAGAACUUCUCUAAAAAGUAGUAUCCGAGAGGGCAGCAAAAGAACUGCCGGAUCAUUUUGUGUUCUAAGUUCACCAUACGCGAAGUCCAACAUCCAAUCUCCUUGUAAUAUCUUAAUACUUAACUGACACUUGCACAACUGGUAACUUCAACAUUCAGACACUAGUGUACGGGGUCUGAUACUUAGUAGCAAUGAUCACUUCACCUUGGCUGCUGGCCUUCCGUGAUAAUUCUCGCUUUAGUCCGCCAGUACGGUCCCAGGUAUGUCCGCUAAUCAUGUCCCCAGUAUGUCUGCCAGCCAGGUCCCCAGUUUGUCUGUCAGUCAAGUCCCCGGUAUAUCCACCAAUAAGGUCCCCGGUAUUUCCAGCAGUCAAGUCACUGGUAUGUCCACCAGUCAGGUCCCCGGUAUGUCCACCAAUCAGGUCCCCGGUAUGUCUGCCAGUCAGGUCCCCGGUAUGUCUUCCAGUCAGGUCCCCGGUAUGUCUGCCAGUCAGGUCCCCGGUAUGUCUGCCAGUCUGUCUGUACUGCCACUGGUUCUUUUUCUGUCACUCUGUCUGUAAUGUCACUCUGUCUGUACUGUCACUCUGUCUGUUGACCGUCAAUCCGGUAUGUCAAUUUAUUUUCAUAUCGAGGCAUCACGUGUGUGUUAGAUAAAUGCAUUAACAAUGGUAGUCUGACGUAAAAAACACAAUGACUACUCCCUUACUCUUAGCAAGAGCUGGUUGAAAACAAUGACUACUCUCUUACUCUUACUCUUACCUAUGUUUGACACCUAAGCUUGACACCUAAGUUUGACACCUAAAGUUGACACCAACGUUUAACACCUAAGUUUGACACCUAAGUUUGACACCUAAGUUUGACAUCUAAGUUUGACACAUAAUUUUGACACCUACGUUUGACAUCUAAGUUUGACAACUAAGUUUGAAACCUAAGUUUGACACCUAAGUUUGACCCCUAAGUUUGACACCUAUGUUUGACACCUAAAUUUUACACCUACGUUUGACAGCUAAGUUUGAGACCUAAGUUUGACACCAACGUUUGACACCUAAGUUUGACAUUUAAGUUCGACACCUACGUUUGUCACCUAAGUUUGACCCCUACGUUUGACGCUUAAGUUUAACUUCUUAGUUUGACCCUUAAGUUUGACACCUAUGUUUGACCCCUAAGUUUGACACCUAUGUUUGACGCCUUAGUUUAGCACCCAAGUUUGUUACCAUCUGGCACUGAAAUAUACUCAUGACCUAAAACUACUUAAUCUCUUACUCUCUUAAUCCCUAACAUUCGAAUUAAAGAGAGAUUAACAAUCUUGAUAACAAUAUUUUCCAAUAUCUUAAAUUUUCCAUCGUCCAAUUUCAGCUCUCUGUUGUCAACUAUAUUUAUCCAUCUGAUGUUCUAUAUUUCUGAGGUUUUGUCCAUCUGUAUUUAUCCAUUUGAUGUUCUAUAUUUUUCAGGUUCUGUCCAUCUGUAUUUAUCCAUCUGAUGUUCUAUAUUUCCGAGGCUCUGUCCAAGUGUAUUUAUCUAUCUGAUGUUCUAUAUUUCUCAGGUUCUGUCCCAGUGUAUUUAUCUAUCUGACGUUCUAUAUUUCUCAGGUUAUGUCCCAGUGUAUUUAUCUAUCUGAUGUUUUAUAUUUCUCAGGUUCUGUCCAAGUGUAUUUAUCUAUCUGAUGUGUAUCGUGCCAACAAUUUGGUUCUUGGAGCUGUAUGAACUUGACAAGCGGAUCAACACAAAUCAGACUACAAGCGAAUACAACAGGAACAAAACAACUGAGAAGUUGAGCGGAAACCUUGGCAGUGUGUUAGGGGUAAGAACACAGUUGAGUGUGAGUCUUGGUUGUGUGUUAGUGGUAAGAACACGGUUGAUAGAAAGUAUUGGCAGUGUGUUAGGGGUAAGAACACAGUUGAGUGUGAGUCUUGGUUGUGUGUUAGUGGUAAGAACACGGUUGAUAGAAAGUAUUGGCAGUGUGUUAGGGGUAAGAACACAGCUGAGUGUGAGUCUUGGUUGUGUGUUAGUGGUAAGAACACGGUUGAUAGAAAGUAUUGGCAGUGUUUUAGGGGUAAGAACACAGCUGAGUGUGAGUCUUGGUUGUGUGUUAGUGGUAAGAACACGGUUGAUAGAAAGUAUUGGCAGUGUGUUAGGGGUAAGAACACAGUUGAGUGUGAGUCUUGGUUGUGUGUUAGUGGUAAGAACACGGUUGAUAGAAAGUAUUGGCAGUGUGUUAGGGGUAAGAACACAGUUGAGUGUGAGUCUUGGUUGUGUGUUAGUGGUAAGAACACGGUUGAUAGAAAGUAUUGGCAGUGUGUUAGGGGUAAGAACACAGUUGAGUGUGAGUCUUGGUUGUGUGUUAGUGGUAAGAACACGGUUGAUAGAAAGUAUUGGCAGUGUGUUAGAGGUAAGAACAGAGUUCAAUGUCAACCUGGACAGUGAGUUAUUGUAAGAAAAACAUUUACAUUUAAAUUUUAAAAAAAGCUAAUGGUAAGGCGGCCAUGGAUCAGAUUCGGAAAUUAUUUCUCAACCAAACGAUCUAUUUAUCUAACUGAAUAGAACACACCUCAUGGCUAAACAUCUCAAAAUUUAACAUCUCAAAACUAAACAUCUCAAAACUAAACAUCUCAAAACUAAACACCUCAUGACUAAACAUCUCAAAACUUAGCAUCUCAUGGCUAAACAUCUCAAAAUUUAACAUCUCAAAACUAAACAUCUCAAAACUAAACAUCUCAAAACUAAACAUCUCAAAACUAAACAUCUAAUGGCUAAACAUCUCAAAACUAAACAUCUCAAAACUAAACGCCUCAUGGCUAAACAUCUCAAAACUUAACAUCUCCAAACUAAACAUCUCAAAACUAGACAUCUCAAAUCUAGACAUAUCAAAACUAAACAUCUCAAAACUAAACAUCUCAAAACUAAACAUCUCAAAACUAAACAUCUCAAAACUAAACAUCUCAUGGCUAAACAUCUCAAAACUAGACAUCUCAAAACUAAACAUCUCAAAACUAAACAUCUCAAAACUAAACAUCUCAAAACUAAACAUCUCAAACUAAACAUCUCAAAAUAUUUGCGCAGUUUCAUUUUGUUAUUCAUCCUUCCUUUGAUUUCCAUAACUUCAAAAUACUUGCUCUAAUUAACGCAUCCGGCUAGAAAAGCGGAUCCAAAACUUUAUUUCUCCUGUACCCCUUGAUUAAACUUUUCAUUUAUGAGUAGCCACACAUUGAAAUUUAUCUUCUCGUUAAUCAUCGCGUGUAAAAUAAACUUUUUUUUCCGUUUACCCCAAUUAUCGAUAUAACUUUUGCGUAGCCCAUAGCGUCCUCGAACGAUUGUUUUGGAACCGCUGGGCCAGAAGAUCUGAAAGGGGAAAAAGUCAUCAGUAACAGGAAAAAGACGAAAAGUAAUUUCUAGUUGUAGUGUUUCAACUGUUGGACACUGGACCAAACGGCUCAUGACAUUCAAGAGGUAUACUGCAGCCAACUGUCACAUUACAUUUAUGCGGCACACUGAAGCCAAAUGUCACAUUAAAAUUUAUGCAAAUGUCAGAUUUCAUUUAUGCCGCACACUGAUACCAAAUGUCACAUUACAUUCAUGUUCCACACUGGCGCCUAAUGUUACAUUACAAUCAUGGGCCACACUGGAGCCUAGUGUUACAUUACAUUUAUGUGGCACAUUGGAGCAAAAUGUCACAUUACGUUUAUGGUGCACACUGGAGCCAAAUGUCCCAUUACGUUUAUAGUGCACACUGGAGCCAAAUGCUCCAGUGCGCACCAUAAAUGUCCCAUUACGUUUAUGGUGCGCACUGGAGCCUAAUGCCACAUUACGUUUAUGGUGCACACUGGAGCCUAAUGUUACAUUACAUUUAUGUGGCACAUUGGAGCCAAAUUUCACAUUACUUAUGGGCCACACUGGAGCCAAAUUCACAGUAAAUUUAUGGGGAACACCGGAGCCCAAUGUCACAUUACAUUUAUCUGUCACAUUACAUUUAUCGGGCACACUGGAGCCAAAUGUUACAUUACAUUCAUUGGGCACAAUGGAGCCAAAGGUCACAUUACAUUUAUGGUUUACACUGGAGCCAAAGGUCACAUUACUUUUUUGGCCACACUGGAGACAAAGGUCACUUACAUUCAUUGGGCACACUGGAGCCCAAGGUCACAUUACAUUUAUGGGGCACACUGGAGCCAAAUGUCACAUUUCAUUUAUGGGGCACAAUAAUUUUGUUAACAUAACAACCAUUGAUAUUUAUUUUUUUUUAAAGCUUCAUUUAUUUAUUUAUCUUUUUUGGUUUGUUUGUUUUUAUUUCUGACAGCUUUUUAAAAGCGCAUAAAAACAAUAGGUUUGUUUCGUCUAUUUACCGAUCACAAGAUUUUUUAAAAUUAAAAUUUGGUUUUUUUUUUAUUAAUCCGCUCUUUUUGUCAAUGAAGGGUGUUGGUAACUCUUGGGAACUUUUUAUAAAAUUUUCGGAAUUUGGGAAUGUUGUGAAAAUAACUUGUAAUUUUAGGAUUAAUGUCCAUUUUGUAUAUUUUGUAAUUAUAAAAAAUCUCACAAAGUGAUAAAUAUUUGUAUUAAUCGGAAGUAUGUGAUAUCUAAAAAAAGAAGUAAAAUGUGUACUACUUCCUAUUGGCUCAUAUAAUCACGUGGUGAGCUCAGUUUCGCAAAGUGCUGCUCUCUAGACUGGAUGAAGGAAUAACAAACACAGACCCACAAACACACACGCAUACACAGAAAGACAAAACUAACACCUAAACAGAGGCGUAGCGAGGGGAGGGUCAUGGGGGCAGAUGUCCCCGGACGCCAGCUAGUUAGGGGCGCCAAAAUGUGCUUUGAUAUUAUUUAUUGAUGAAAAUAAUGGGCUUGAGAGUUGAAAAAAAGAAUAUGGGGCGCUUUAAAAUGGAUCUUGUCCCCGGGUGCGAAUCUUGUUCCCGGGCGCCAAACACCCUCGCUACGCCUCUGCACCUAAACCACCAUUUAUUCCUACUUUCCCUCUGAUUAAUAUUAUUAAAACACAAACAAAUGGAAAACAUUUCUUUAUUUUUCUUCUUUAAAUGCACACCAUAUUUCCUCGUGCUAUUUUUUGUGGCCAUUAAAUUCAUCGGCAUUAAAGUUAGCACUAAUUAAUAUUCAAGCAAGUAAAGUAGCACUAAUUCAUAUUCAAGCAAGUAAAGUAGCACUAACUAAUAUUCAAGCAAGUAAAGUAGCACUAACUAAUAUUCAAGCAAGUAAAGUAGCACUAACUAAUAUUCAAGCAAGUAAAGUAGCACUAACUAAUAUUCAAGCAAGUAAAGUAGCACUAACUAAUAUUCAAGCAAGUAAAGUAGCACUAACUAAUAUUCAAGCAAGUAAAGUAGCACUAACUAAUAUUCAAGCAAGUAAAGUAGCACUAACUAAUAUUCAAGCAAGUAAAGUAGCACUAACUAAUAUUCAAGCAAGUAAAGUAGCACUAACUAAUAUUCAAGCAAGUAAAGUAGCACUAACUAAUAUUCAAGCAAGUAAAGUAGCACUAACUAAUAUUCAAGCAAGUAAAGUAGCACUAACUAAUAUUCAAGCAAGUAAAGUAGCACUAACUAAUAUUCAAGCAAGUAAAGUAGCACUAACUAAUAUUCAAGCAAGUAAAGUAGCACUAACUAAUAUUCAAGCAAGUAAAGUAGCACUAACUAAUAUUCAAGCAAGUAAAGUAGCACUAACUAAUAUUCAAGCAAGUAAAGUAGCACUAACUAAUAUUCAAGCAAGUAAAGUAGCACUAACUAAUAUUCAAGCAAGUAAAGUAGCACUAACUAAUAUUCAAGCAAGUAAAGUAGCACUAAUUAAUAUUCAAGCAAGUAAAGUAGCACUAACUAAUAUUCAAGCAAGUAAAGUAGCACUAACUAAUAUUCAAGCAAGUAAAGUAGCACUAACUAAUAUUCAAGCAAGUAAAGUAGCACUAACUAAUAUUCAAGCAAGUAAAGUAGCACUAAUUCAUAUUCAAGCAAGUAAAGUAGCACUAAUUAAUAUUCAAGCAAGUAAAGUAGCACUAAUUAAUACUCAAGCAAGUAAAGUAGCACUAACUAAUAUUCAAGCAAGUAAAGUAGCACUAAUUAAUAUUCAAGCAAGUAAAGUAGCACUAACUAAUAUUCAAGCAAGUAAAGUAGCACUAAUUAAUAUUCACGCAAGUAAAGUAGCACUAACUAAUAUUCAAGCAAGUAAAGUAGCACUAAUUAAUAUUCAAGCAAGUAAAGUAGCACUUAUUAAUAUUCACGCAAGUAAAGUAGCACUAACUAAUAUUCACGCAAGUAAAGUAGCACUAAUUAAUAUUCAAGCAAGUAAAGUAGCACUAACUAAUAUUCAAGCAAGUAAAGUAGCACUAACUAAUAUUCACGCAAGUAAAGUAGCACUUAUUAAUAUUCACGCAAGUAAAGUAGCACUAAUUAAUAUUCACGCAAGUAAAGUAGCACUAAUUCAUAUUCAAGCAAGUAAAGUAGCACUAAUUAAUAUUCACGCAAGUAAAGUAGCACUAAUUCAUAUUCAAGCAAGUAAAGUAGCACUAACUAAUAUUCAAGCAAGUAAAGUAGCACUAAUUCAUAUUCACGCAAGUAAAGUAGCACUAAUUAAUAUUCACGCAAGUAAAGUAGCACUAAUUCAUAUUCAAGCAAGUAAAGUAGCACUAAUUAAUAUUCACGCAAGUAAAGUAGCACUAAUUCAUAUUCAAGCAAGUAAAGUAGCACUAACUAAUAUUCAAGCAAGUAAAGUAGCACUAAUUCAUAUUCACGCAAGUAAAGUAGCACUAAUUAAUAUUCACGCAAGUAAAGUAGCACUAAUUCAUAUUCAAGCAAGUAAAGUAGCACUAAUUAAUAUUCACGCAAGUAAAGUAGCACUAAUUCAUAUUCAAGCAAGUAAAGUAGCACUAACUAAUAUUCAAGCAAGUAAAGUAGCACUAACUAAUAUUCAAGCAAGUAAAGUAGCACUAAUUCAUAUUCAAGCAAGUAAAGUAGCACUAAUUCAUAUUCAAGCAAGUAAAGUAGCACUAACUAAUAUUCAAGCAAGUAAAGUAGCACUAAUUCAUAUUCAAGGAAGUAAAGUAGCACUAACUAAUAUUCAAGCAAGUAAAGUAGCACUAAUUCAUAUUCAAGCAAGUAAAGUAGCACUAACUAAUAUUCAAGCAAGUAAAGUAGCACUAAUUCAUAUUCAAGGAAGUAAAGUAGCACUAACUAAUAUUCAAGCAGUAAAGUAGCACUAAUUAAUAUUCAAGCAAGUAAAGUAGUUCAAAUUAAUAUUCCAGUAACUAAAUGACAUAAUUAAAGUUAAAAAACAACAUCAAUUUAAAUAUAAAUUGUGAUUAGUUUAUAAUUUCUUUUAAAACGAGAAUUUUCACCGAAUUUUGGGAAUUUUUUCAAUUGCACCUGUGAAAAGUGAAAACAACGCAAAGCUAAAAUUUUCUGACCAUCAGGCCUGUUACGCUAUGUAAUGAGAACCGUUGUGACACCUGGGGAGGAAUAAACUUACGCAACGUAACAAAUCUAAGUUCAUACGAUUAAAGCUAAUACCAGUGCCAGGCACAGACUAGGACGUAAGAUUUAUUUUGGUAAGCUCCAGACGUAAACAUUUAGUGCAAUUAACGCAGUUGUGAGAGAAACACUCGAACUCGAACUGGGGGAAAAAGAAUUCGUGAAAAAAAAAAUUCUUUCAUGGACUUCUGGAAGAACUUUCAUACCUAGCCAUUAGGUUUUUGCCCUUUACUUCAAUAUUUUUAUUUUGUAGUUUUGAUAAAUUUUAUUGAACAUCUAGAAAAUAUAUCUAGAUAAUUUGUUGUUGUUUUUUUUAAAUUAAUUUACUUUUAAUUUUUUUUUUUUAAAAAGAAGUAAUUUUAAGGAUUAUUUUAAAAUAUUUUUCAGACAUUCAUAUUUUUUUUAAUCAAUUAAAAUCUCAUUUUAUUUGCAACGGUUCCCAUAAAUAGCCUGCCAUCUCCCCUCCGCUUUGACUCACUCGUGUUAAUUUCUUCAGGAGAGAUUUGACCCCAACUCAAUGGUCGGCAAAUCGUGGCUCGCGAGCCGCAUGCGGCUCUUUAGUGACAUGAGUGUGGCUCGGACCGUCGGCCGCAACUCGGUUUUGACUCCGAAAAACAUGGUUUUGACAGCUUCUUGAAAAGAAAUUUGGCUCUCAAGAAUUUUAAUCGUCCUGCUGCUGAUGUUUGGCUAUUUCGACUGUGUGCUGACCACUGCCCUAGCUCACUGAUGUUAAUUUCUUCAGUAUGGCUUUGACCCCUAUUUUACUGGUUUUCAUUUUUUCAGUAUAAGUUUGAGGUAAGCAUCCCCAUCAACCUGACCUCGGACGAGUGGAUACGGACUCUAGAGCAGCUCCUGCUGUUGAUUCUCAUCCUGGGACGAUGGUUCCUGCCCAAGGGUAAGCUCACCCACGACCAACUGUCACAGCUUCUCCUGGUCUACAUCGGAACUGCUGCAGACAUCGUGGAGUUUUUUGAGGCCUUCAAAGAGGAACAGGUAUCAUUGAAUAGAUCCGUAAUGAUUAUUUACUGCAUGACGUCUCCUGUCUUGAAGUCGAUUUAAUCGUAAAGCAUUGUUUGAGAAGGACAAUGCAUUGAAUGACGUCAUGAUUCAUGCUAAGAAAUGACAUUACCCUCAUGAACAUGUAGUGGAAUGUGUUGCCCAUGUUUAUAAUAACAACUGGGCAUUGCUUUUUUCGAUUUACAAGUGUGCGGUUAGGUCUUCUAUCUAAAUCAGUGGCUUUCUAGUGUAGCCAUUCUCUGUAUUAGAGAAAUAUUAGUUACCGAGGCUAUCAAUAUGGCACGGUGAAAUUAAUCUCCAUUAUUUAUGGACUUGAAAACAGUUGUGCAACAGUACUCCAAUAGUUGUCCAUAAUAAUCGAAGGACUGCAUUCGAGCUAAGUAAACGAAAUAGCAGAACGGUGUAUAUUGAAGCUUGAAUUAAUUGACAGGACAAUAAGAUUCGAACCUCAUUCUGCUAUUUCAUAAUUUAUCCAACAAUAUUUAUAAUUAAACAUUAGAUUUGAAAAAAACAUAAUUUAAUAUGUGGAACUGAAAUAAUGCUAAUUUUGACUUUUGGACCGGGACACAUUUUGAUGAUGGCAAAUUUCAUUGUAACAACGUGCAUGCGAUCGCCUUUAACUAUGUGAUUUCUCUCCCCUCAGGUGCGGUACAACAAACAUCUGUGCAUCGUCAUCAUGGGCAUCUGGUCACUGAGCCUAAUCCAGUUCUCUCUGGUCCUGACCGCCACCCGCGUCAGACGGGACAGAACCGGCCUCAUCCCCGUCAACCACCUGGCGGGUCACGACGGGUGCUGCAACCCGGACGUGUACGGCAUCAUCAUCUCGAUAUGCCUGCAGGACUUGCCCUUCCUCGUGCUGCGGAUGCUGCUCAUCUUCAAAUACUACGUCCUUAGCUACACCAACAUGUUCUUCACGUGCAAGAACACCAUCGUCAUCGUUCUGCUCAUCUACCGCCUCAUUGUGGUGCAAAUCGAGCGGCGGAAAGCUGCC